AUGCACAAUGGCAACGGAGAUGGCGGGUUUGCAUGGCGGCAGCAGCAGGCCAUGUACUCGUGUCGCCAGGACCCAUACGGUGGGGGCCACCCGGAAGCGAACAUUAUGGCUAUGCACCAGCAGCAGCAACUUCAGUACUAUCAACAGCAGCAGGCGCAAGGCAUGUGGAACCCGGGCGCGAAUCAGAUGUACUCUAGCGCGGGCCCUCACAUGCAAAACGGCAACUUUAUGAUGCAGCAGCGCCGCUACUUUGCUCACGGUGGAGAUGGCAUGCAUCACUACCACCAGUACCAGCGGCAGUUUGGGCGUGACAACAAUGUGAGCCCGAAUGUGCCGCAGCGCGACGACUUCGCGGAGUCGCGCCCUGGCCGAACGCCAUGCAAAAAUAACUGGUGGUCGUACGUAUUGUCACACAUGCGUCCGGUCGAUAGCCCGCGCGGCAUCGACCUUGACGCCGAGGACGAGAACGCAAACGUAAUGGAGGAACUGAGGCAGACAGGAUCGAAGGCGGGGACAGGGAUGAGCAAUGACACGGAAGCGGCAGCGCCGGCAUUCGUGGGUGCCUUCGAGAGUGCUAAAGGGCCGGGCGAGGUUCCGGACUUCGUCCCCACCUCGGUUUUGGUAUUUAGCCCUGCAGUGGCAGACAGCGGAGAGGAGCGGAAGAGCGCAGAGAGAGACUGUAUGCAGGUGUCAAACCCAUAUAAGUCGAAUGUGCACCCGCAGCAACAACCGAGGCAAGCGCAAGCUUCCCUGCCGUCUGGAAAGAACGCCGUGACGCCGCCGCGACAACAGAAGCCGCAGCAGCACCUCUCGAGCGACAACAAUGCUAUCGCAGGCAGCCUCUACCAACAGGCGAUAGACGAUGCUGAGGGGGAGGAGGGGGAGCAACUGGUCGGCAAGCAGUCUCAAAGCGCGCAGCCACGCAGCGCCAACAGCAAGGACAGUGCCGGCGGUAUGGCAGGGGUUCAACCAGCGCUGCGCAAAUGUCAGUCAGAGAGCGAGUUCCGGGCAGGAGGCGUGCAGCAGGAGCAGGGGUCAGUGGCGCUGAAGCCCAUACACACUCCCCACUGUAGCAUCGAGGAGCAUAACGCACCACCAACGCGGCCGCAGGCGGCAUCUGAGUCUGUGUGUGACUUUCCUCGCCGCGGUAAUCGCUACUCUUACAGGGGCAAUCACAAAGAAGCGGACGAAGAGGGGGACAAGGACGACGGUGGAUGCAACAACUCUGAUGAGUACAGUGGCAACAGCGACAGCGACGGCAGUGGUGGUAGCUCCUCCUCCGGCUUCGACAGCAACAGCGAGGGGAGCGACACCGACGACGAAGCCGAGUACAGCGCAAUGCGGCGCAACUCGCAGAGCGCCUUUGGAGGCCAUAGCACCUUGGAGUACAGCACGUUGCACGACACGUCGGCGGCGCACGCACGCAAUGCCAUUCCCCCCUCAGCGAAUCACGCGGCGGGUCACCACAGCAUUGGCGGCCUCCUCGGCGCAGGCGUCAGUAGCCGAUUUCCGUUCCCGGAAACGUCGACGUCCAACUUGCCGAGUGAUGCGCCAUUAAUCAGCGCACCGGGCCAGCCACCGGACACAGCCGCGACGAAUGCGGGUAUCCGCGACGUUGCUAUGAGCUCAUUCAGUCUAUACCACUCUGUGACCCACGCCCCGCCGGCUAAUGCCGUCUUCGCCGCCGGCAACAGCACCACUGUGCAAAGUAACUCAACCACCACGGCAACAGGCAUGGAGGACUCGGACAAGCACGGCUACGAGAUGGGAAUUCUGAUGGUGGCAGAGACAGUCCUCGACCAUACAAACCGAACGGCUCCCGUGGGCGCGAACGCCGCUGAAGGGGUGCCCGCUCCCCGCGCAAGCACGCAACCCAGCACAGCCACAAUACCAACAGCCACGAAGGCCGUCUCACCGGCGGCCAUAGAGAAGAAAAAAGAGGCGCCAGCGCUGCCCAGACAGGCGGCGCGGAGACGCAAGUCGGCUUCACAUUCGGUGGAGGCACUUGCAACCCGCAGUGGCACUAGCGCCAUCAAAGAUGCCUCGAAGACUGCGUCAGCGCCAUUGCCCGGAGUGCGCCAUAGCAGCAAGCCGGAGCGUCUCAAGAACGGUGCCGCGACGGCAGAGGUCCAGCCGAUGAAGCACGCGUCGAAGGGUCCUGGCAGCAGCAAGGCAGCUAGUUCCAUGGACAAGGAUGAGAACCCCCUUCCUGAGCCUUCGAAUCUUCAGCGUGCCACUUCGGUCAAGGACAACAAGGCGGUAAAAGUGGCGCUGCCGGACACAGGGGUGACGUUGCCCAAGGCAUCAGAACGCGCAACCGUCACUGCUACAACCACCACACCGACGGCAGUCAAGGCCCCGAAAGCCCCGCCGUUCCCCAUGGCCAGCACUCAGCACCCGCUUAGUAAACCGACGAACUCUGUGAGACCUGUGCAAGCACAAAAGUCGCACAGCAAGCAAAAAGCGGCUCCUCCACGGCUCGAGAAUGUCAAGGCGGCUGCGAUGACCGUCACGAAUCACCCGUCCGCAAAGUCUCACCAACCUCCGUCGGCAGCAACGUCUACAGUGGCCCCAUACUUCGCAACUGCCCAGCCACUCCCUACCAAUGCCAGCAGUGCGGCGUGGGCCGCCGCCGCUGCUGCUGCUGUGGCAGAGCCGAAGCCUGUAGCGCGGCCCUCCUCGACCCUCCUUCGCAGGUCUCCCACCUCGUCCUCUCUGGCCGCCGGUGCACCCACGCCCGCCGCAUCUCUGGCCCCCGUACUCGCCGCACGCUCGUUCUCCACCGUCAGUGGCAAGGUGGCCUCUACGGCUCCAUCUGACAGCACUCUGUCAGACAUCGGGUCAAGCGGUGAUCGUCCUCACGGAGCGGUAGCGCCGUCGCUGUGUAUCAACCUCUUUCAAUCCCUACAACCCCGACCGCCGGCGCCGCUGUCGCAGGUUGCUAGAGAGGCAGCAAGGAACCCGCCGUCCAGCGCAGUGGCGGCUAGCGCGGCCGUCGCCCAUCAUCGCCCGCAGCCACAGCGGCCCCGCAACGGCUCAUGGAAGGAAUCAAGCACUGCAAAGAAUGCGCUGAGAAAUAAGGGCAGCGCAGCGGCAGCACCAACAACGCCACCGAACGAGGCCGCAGCGUCGAUACCUGAGUUAUCCGCCGCUGCCAGUGCCCCAAAGAGCCUCAGCACUGUGUUGCUGAGCAGCCUCGCGCCUGCAGAACCGACGAGCGCCACCGCGACCGCAGCAGUGCCGCCGCCUGUACGUGAUGUAGCGGUCGGUGUAACGACAAGCUCCUCAUCCAUGGCAACAGGCACCAGCAUUGCCUCGGUUACAGCGAAAAAACUUGCAACGUCGUCAGCGACGAAGACUUCGCUCACCACGGCCAGCCCCCCAGCUACGAAGUCACCUGCGAACGGUGUAGUCAAGAGCGUUGUCGUAAGCGGCUCUGGGAACGCCCAGAAGCAUUCCUUCCCGACGUCUCCAGGUUCGGACACCAGUGCCGCCGCCUCGAUUUCAAGGGGCAGGUCGCCGCCCUUGUCGGCGCUAGCCUUGAUGAAGAAGCCCAAGACCAUCACCACUGCGGCUGCGGCGCCGCCAGUCACAUCGAUGCCUGGGAAUCGAGACAGCAGCAUCCCUUCCCAUCGCAAUAACCAGAAGUCGAUUACGAACGGCGAUGACAGCGACGGCGCGUGGCUGGAUGACCCGUACGACUACUACAGCUACGGUGAGGCUGACCUACCGGACUUGAAUAACUACUCCCCCGUGAAGCCGUCGCCGCUAAAGGCACCGGCUGGCAAUCACGCCACGCACAAAUACUCGAUGGUAGGUAGCCUAGCCGUGUCCCCACUCAACACCUCUAGCACCGUGGGCAAGACCGAUGCAGCCAACGGUGCUGGGGCAAAGCUUCGGCCAUUAGGCGACGCCGACAUGCUGGAGGAGAUGGGGUACAUGUACCACUUGUAG